AUGGCGCUCCACGUGGUGCGGGAGGACAUCGCGCAGGCGCUGAACGAGGCGAAAUGCGCGCCCACGGCGCAGAAGAAGAUCGCCUCGCUGAAGCAGCUGCGCGAGAACCUCUUCUCAAGAGGCCGGUCGGUCAUCCCGGAGUUCGUCGAGGACGUGGCGACGUUCGUGGCGGACCCCGCGGUUUCGGUGAGGAGGGAGAUCGCGGAGCUCGUGUUGUCGCUCAGCAACGCGUGUCCGGAGGCGCUCGUGCUGCGGGAGGCCAUCUCGGUGCUGGCGACGCUCUCCAACCCGGACAGAAGCCAGCCCGGCGCGGCCUUCGUGGCCAAGCUCGCGCUCUCGAACAUCAUCAGGGUCUUCCAGACAGCGCUGGCGCUCGUCGCGGUCGAGGGCGCGGCCACGGACGACCCCUCCGCCGACCUGAAGGAGCUCUGGACCCUCUGCACCUCGCUGAUCGAGCGGCUGAGUCAGGCGGCCCUCGCGCCGCCCGCCAGCACGACCACGGGCGAACGCAUCCUCUGCGUGAAGUUCCUCGAGCGCCUGAUCGUCAUGUUCGCCGCGGAGCUCCCCCCCCCGCUCGUCGGCCGCGGCGCCCGGCCCCAACCGAUCGCACCGUCGCACCCGCUCCUCAAAAAGGACAAGAUGCUGCGCGAGGCGGACGAGCACCUCCAGGCCCUCGUCAACACCUUCAAGGCGGACGCCGAGCCCGCGCUCCCGGCCCCCGUCGCGCUCGCCGUGUGCAACUCCAUCACGGCCGUGGCCCGCAGCUACCCGCGGACGUACGGCAAGGUCGUCCCGGAGCUCGCCAAGCGCGCCGCCGACCAGGAUCUCCUCGCCCCGACCGCCCCCGUCGGACGCGCCAGCCUCGCGCGCUCCCUCCGGGCCAACCUCCUGGAGCUGCUGCGCGCCACGGACCCCUCCGCGCUGCCGUGGCGGACCAGGAUCCAGCGCGGACUCACAGCGCUCGGCUCCAAGGCCGAGGCGGAGUCCGCGAUCCGCCAGGCGGACCGCCAGAUCAACAACCAAGCAGCGGAGGCCAAACGGCGACAGGAGAAGGCGCGCUCGACGCGGCCGCAGGGCAUGGCUGCGGGGCGCCCGGCGCCGGCGGCGGCCGCGGCGACCAAGGCGGGCGACGGCGCGGUCCCCGCGGGCGCCGCGCCGCGGUGGGCCCAGACGGCCGGCGCGCCGCCCCGCGCAGCACAAGCGAUCGCGCCCUGGCAGCGGCGCGGCGGGCUGCUCGCCGCGGAGCCCGUGCCCGGGGAGUUCCAGGGGCAGUCCCUGAGGACGGCUCCUGAGGAAGUUGAGCGGCUGCGGAGGUUUCUUUGGCAGCUGUUCUCCGACGGACUGCACGCGCGCAUGGUGGCGGUGCUGGACGACGCGCCGAAGGAGGUCGUGGCGGACCUGGUGAUGACGGUGCUGGAGAAGGCCGAGGGGCUGCCGUCGGAGGAGAAGGCGCUCGCUCCGGACGUGCCUGGCAUCGCGGGUUUGCUGCAUGCAAUUACAGGGAAUCAGAUCGGGGCGGAUGCGGUGCGGCAGGAGCUGGACGAGGCCGUGCGGGACAGCGAGGCGAUGCGGCAGAAGGAGGCCGCGGCGGGCGGGGCGCCGGCGGCGCCGGCGGCGGCUGCGGCGGCGACGGCGGCGGCAGAGAGGAAGGUGCGGCAGCCUGCGUCGGUGCCGGUGCCGAAGCUGCAGGCGAAGCGGCUGCCGGAGGACGACGUGGCGGAGCUGAUGGAGGACGCGGUGAUGCGGGUGCUGCAGUGCGAGGCGGGCGUCGGCGGAGCGUUCCGCGUCGGCGCCCUCGCGCGGCUGUGCGCCGCAGCGGCCCCGGGCAGCCUCAUCCACCAGGAGACGCUCGAGUACAUCGCGGCGACGGCGCGCUCCGAAGAGGGCCAGGAGCUCGCCGUGCAGUGGCUGACCGCGCUGGCGGCCCGGCAAACCGACGGCGACCCGGCGUCGCUCAACGGCGGGCCGUACGCGGACGUGCUGUCGAAGCUCAUCGCGGGCUUGCGCGAGGCGGGCCUGGAGACGACGCUCGGCAAGAUUUUGUUGCAAGUGCCAUACAUCCCGCCGGAGGUCGGGAGCGCGCUGAUCCGCGACCUGUGCAACGAGGGCGACACGACGGCGACGGUCGGGCUCGCGACGGCGUGGGACUUGCUGGUGGAGAAGCCCGGGACCGUGCCGUGGUUGCUGCAGCAAGUGAUGGCGCUGGCGAUCAAGGGGACGCCGUCGACGCGCGACAAGGCGCUGAAACUCAUCGGGAACAAGCUCCACCCGAACGUGCUCCUCAAGCCGUCAAUCGAGGACUUUGCGCGCGAGAAGUUCGAGGAUGCAGCAUCUACCAGCAAACGGAUAGGAGACACCGCGGCUCAGGGCGGCGCGGCGGCGGCCAGCGGGGGCGGAGCCGGCGGCGAGGGGUCUGCGGAGGCGCAGGACGACGGCGCGCUGCGGGAGGAGGUGGCAGCGGCGGUGUCGUUGCUGUGCGCCCUGUGCGUCCGCAGCCACGGCCUGCUGAAGCCGCUGCUGGCCGGGUACGCCGCCGCGGGCCCGGCCGCGCAGCAGGCCGCGCUCCGCGUCGCGCCGAGGCUCGCGCGGACGCUGGGGCAAAAAUGCACGCCGCUGCUCAUUGCGAUCGAACAGACGCCGAGGGGCGCCGAACCGCUCGCGGCCGCGAUGAUCCAGGAGCUCACGGAGCGCGCCGCGCCGGGGGAGCUCCUCGCGCCGCUGCUGCGGCAGCUCGCACGUGCUACCGGAGAUGCGCGCUUCGAGGCUCUCGAGCUGCCCUUCCUGCCGCGGGCCGACGCGCUCAAGGGCCUCCCGCGGCUCGCGGAGAUCCCGCAGCGCGAUCAGGUCGUCGCGCUGCGGCGGCUGGUCGUGCGGAACGCAGGCCAGGCCGGACCGCCGCUGAAGGCCGAAGAGGUGCUCGUGGCGCUGCAUCGGAUGGAGGCAGCGCCGACCAAGCCGGGGCAGACGCGGCAGAGGGACCUCGUGACACUCUGCGUGACAGGGGCCGCGGUCCGCGAUGUCUUCCCCGCGCAGAGCGUCUCCCGCGCCAUCCAGCAGAUGGUCAACCUCGCCGAGCUGCCCAUGCUGUUCAUGCGUACAGUCAUCCUGGCGCUCAAAGCGCACCCGUCGCUCCUCGGCGCCCUCCUCGGCGUCAUGGACUCGCUCAUGCGCCGCAAGGUCUGGUCCGACGAGGCCCAGUGGCGCGGCUUCAUCAUCCUAGCGAAGCAGGCUGCGCCCGCGACCCUGUCGACGUUGUUCCUCCUGCCCGGGGAGCAGCUCAUGGACCUGCUCGAGCGCAAGGAGGGGCAGGAGCUGCUGCGGCCGCUGAUCAAGUACGCAAAGGAGGUGAAGCCGCCUCCGCCGCGGCGCGUGCUGGACGUGUUGGAUAGAGCAGCGAAGAAGGCACAAGCACGGGGGGCGGGGGCGGGGGCGGGCGCGGGCGCGGGGGCGAAGCGGCCGGCGGAGGCGGGGGCUUCGGGGGUGGCGGAGGAGAAGCCGGUGGUGAAGGCGGCGCGGACGGCGGAGGAGCAGGGCGGGCGGGGCGGGCGGGGGGGCCGCGGGGGGCGCGGGGCGAAUCCGGCGGCGGCGGCGGCGGCGUCGGCUGCGCGGAGGCAGGGCGGGGGGCUGGUGAUGACGUUCGAGGACGACGACGACGAUGGCGACGGCGACGGCGACGGAGAGUGA